UGACCGGAGUCCUGGAUUACAGCACCAGAUGUUUCUGAUUAUGGAGGACUUGUUAGAUAAAUUAAAACUAUUGGAUUAUGAAGAACAAGUCCUUGUGAAGCACAACAUGAAACCUCUAUCCAGUGUGUAGUGUGUGUUUUAUUGUACAGUCCAGGACAGAGAGAAGAGUAGUGUCAGCACUGACUUCUCCCACCCCGCAUUGAAUUAAAGAGUUGCAUGGCAUGGGGGAGGAACGACCUCCUCAGUCUGUCAGUGGAGCAGGGUAGUGACAGCAACCUGUCAGUGGAUUGUCCAUGAUGGACAGGAGCCUGCUCAGCGCCCUCCUCUCUGCCACUGUCAGGCUGUCCAGUUCUGAGCCUACAGUCGAGCCCGCCUUCCUCACCAGCUUGUCCACACGUGAGGCGUCCUUCUUCUUUAUGCUGGCUCCCCAGCACACUGCCGCAUAGAAGAGGGCACUCGCCACAACAGUCUGACAGAACAUCUGCAGUAGCUUUUUGCAGAUGUUAAAGGAAGCUAGCCAUCUUAGGAAGUACAGCCGGCUCUGUCCUUUCCGGAUGGCAGUCCAGUCCAUUCUUUCGUCCAGCUGUACUCCAAGGUAUUAUUUUGUAGCAAGUUCAUACACACAAAGUAACCCUGGUGAACAAUUCUACAUGUUCAGUGUCAUCGCAGCUUGGCUCAUAACACUGUGUGGCCGGUCAUUUGAAACACCACAAGAAUAUGAUGACCCCAAUGCGAUUGUCUCAAACAUCCUUACGCACCUUAGGGCGCUGGGUGGGCCAGUUGAAUUUCCUCCUUCAAAGCUGAAGUCUGGUUCAGGGGAACAUGUGUGCUACGUCUUGGACCGCCUGGCAGAGGAAGCCCUGAAUCGCAGACAGUUUGCCUGGAAGAGGCCUCUCUACCCAUCAGAACAGUUGGAGGAGGAGUCUGUGCUGGGGGAUGAUGCUGAGCUCACACUCAGCAAAUUGGAGGACUUGACUGAGGAGGCUGCUGAGUUUGAAGACGUUAUUGAUCUGGAGGAACUGAAGUCCAGAACUAGUCAGAGUGAGGUGAGAGGGCAGAGACCAGAGAUGAUCCUGGAGUCAGUGACCGAUUCUGCAGAGUGGAAUUUGGAGGUAGAGAGGGUUCUGCCCCAGCUCAAAGUCUCUGUCCGCACAGAUAUUAAGGAUUGGCGGUGCCAUGUGAGCCAAAUGCAUCAACACCAAGAUGGCAUCAAAAGCUCUUUGAAAGAGGCCAAGGCAUAUCUAGAUAAACUGCUGGAAGAGAUCAGCAAGACUCAAGAGAAAGUGAGCAGCAGAGAGAAGUAUAUCAACACACAGCUAGAACACCUAAUCACAGACUACAGGAAUGCACAAUCAAAAUUCUGUGAGGCCAAGGAGCUGUAUCAGCAGGCCAGUGGAGGAGUGACUGAGAGAACUAGAACUAUAGCAGAGAUCAGUGAGGAGCUUGAGAAAGUGAAGCAGGAGAUGGAUGAGAAGGGCAGCAGCAUGUCAGAUGGAGUUCCAGUAGUAAAGAUCCGGCAGAGUCUGACUAAGUUAAAGCAGGAGAUCCAGGAGAUGGAUGUGCGUAUGGGGGUAGUGGAACACACACUGUUGCAGGCCAAACUCAAGGAAAAGAGCAACAUGACCAGAGACAUGCAUGCCACACACAUCACAGAGACUACUACACACACCUACUCAUAACCACACACAGAAUAGACACAAUACAUGGGAACAAAUAUAAUAUUAGCACCUGCAAAAUAUAUUGAAUAUUUGUUGCUUUGGUGAUUCUGAAGUGUUUUGCAGGGGGAAAAAAUAUUACUUUUAUGCUUUUGACAAGUCCAGUAUCAGCUGGCUUCUGGAGAACCUUCAGAAUGUUAUUCUGAAGACCAUAAUUCACUUAAUGUAAGGCAUUUACAUUUUACAAAAACAAUUAAUGACAUAAUAAAAUAUGGUAUCUGAUAAUGUGUUUAUACAGAAAAAAAUGAUUGAUAUUUCUGUAUGAAUGAAACAAUGAUUCACAUGCUCACUAGCUGUUAUCUCUAUAUCACAACAGACAAUUUUGCAAAAACAGACAUUUGUAACAAUCUGGUGUUAACUGUAACAUUAUGAACAUUAUCACUUCUCAAAACAUUUUCAAAAAUAAAAACAUGUUAUUCAUCA